AUGAAUUCUCUUUUCAAGCGUAUACAAAAAUUUUACGAUGAUUCAUCCUCAAACUUGUCCUUUGAGGAUGAGUUUGAAGAUCUUUUAUUUUUGGAGUAUGAAAGAAAACGAUUCGAGCGAGGAUCAACAUCACGUAUCGGUUCUCAUCGACAACAUUCGGUCAUUAAUCGUAAUCGACUGCAAGAUCAUGAACUCAUUUUCAACGAUUAUUUUGCAGAAUCACUAGUCUAUAAUGAUGCUAUGUUUAGAAGGAGGUUUCGCAUGAAUCGAGCUCUAUUUCUUCGCAUUCAAUCCGCAAUAGAAAUGCAUGAACCAUAUUUUCGACAACGAAGAGAUGCAGCCGGUAGACUGGGGCUAUCUUCUCUUCAAAAGAUAACUGCAGCAUUGAGGAUUCUUGCUUCCGGAGUUGCUGCAAAUUUCAUGGACGAAUAUGUAAUAAUUUCAGAAAGUACUGCUAUUGAGAGUGUGAAAUAUUUUACAAAAGCAGUUAUUUCUAUCUUUGGUCCUGAGUAUUUGAGGUCUCCCAAGAACAACGAUAUUGAACUACUACUAGCAUUAAACAAAACUCGUGGAUUUCCUGGGAUGCUAGGAAGUAUAGAUUGGUCCCAUAACGACAUCAAUGUGUUAGAACGAUCCCAUGUUUUUUCUGAACUAACUCAAGGGAGUGCCCCUAUAGUUAAUUAUUCAAUCAAUGGUCAUAACUAUACAAUGGGACACUACCUAGCUGAUGGUAUAUAUCCUUCCUGGGCUACGUUCGUGAAAUCGAUCCAGCUACCACAAACUAUGAAGGCCAAACAUUUUGCAAGGUGUCAAGAAAGUGUCAGAAAAGAUGUGGAACGUGCAUUUGGAGUACUACAAUCUCGAUUCGCAGUUAGGAUCUACAAUGCUCCGCCACCUCUAGCGGACCACUGUAGCAUCACGGUAAACAAUGUCGCGAUUUCCAGCUUGAUAGGAGCAUUUGUUAUUAUUGUGGGAAUUUACUGUGUGUUGUGGGGCAAAAAGAAAGAUGCCAUUGUCAAUCGACAACCAGAGAAUUGGACAAAACCUUCCCUACCAUGCUACAACCACCAGCGAAUGGAAAAACCUUCAUUACCAUGCUCAUGA